UUCGGUAUACUGAGUGACACUGAAGUCUUUCGGAGGAGAACCGCAAGAGCGAGCUCUUUCCUUAGCUCCGCCCCUCUGUUUACUUGACGUAAUUACACAUGGCUUCCGGUGUUACCAGCUUUAUGGGCAAGUUAAGAUGAAGGUGAUCCAGCACGCUCCAGAGAAACUCAGAAUAGCUUUGGUCUCUAAUUCUCAAGAUUUAACUAAAAUUUACAGUAAGUACACAAAAGAAGAAAAGUGUCUUCUGGAGGAAGGAUUCCACGCAGGGCAGCCAGGUUCUCUUUUCCAACCCAUCACCGUGCACUCUGACUCUGACUGGAUCCCUGCUCACCCCGAGGAGCCCCAAGACUUCGAGACUUUCUACAGAUACCCUUAUCGCCAGACCCCAAAUGAAAGCCACAGUGCCAUUUAUAUUCAAACCAUAGGUUCAUUUGGAGAAGUUAGGGCCCAGACAGACCAGUAUGUGGAGUGGCUGCGAGAUUACUGUCAGGCCUUCUUCUAUGGGCUUUCUGUGAAGUUGCUUCCAGCAGUUACUGUGUGUGAAACAGGAUGCUCUUUCAGGGUCAACAGUAACUCGUACAACCUUCAAAUCCUCACCGGCGACCUGCUCCGAUUUCUGGAGAAGCGGAAACCAAAAGAUGCUUUUUGUAUUGUUGGAAUCACAAUGAUUGACCUCUACCCCAAAGAAUCAUGGAACUUUGUCUUUGGAGAAGCUUCUCUCACAAAGGGAAUGGGCAUUUUCAGCUUUGCCAGAUAUGAUGACAACUUCUAUACAAGACAUUAUGCUGGAAGGCUGAAGAAACAUCUUGAGCCAAGGCAGGGGGAUUAUUCUGUGUUUGACGGAUAUUACACUCCGCCCAUCACCAGCACUCUGCUCCUUCGAUCCUGCAAGACCAUGACCCACGAGAUCGGCCACAUGUUUGGAAUCAGGCAUUGCCAGUGGUUGAGCUGUGUCAUGCAAGGCUCCAACCACCUCGAGGAGUCUGAUCGAAGGCCCUUGGAUUUCUGUCCCAUCUGCCUUCGCAAACUGCACACCUCAAUCGGCUUUAAUAUAGCUAAAAGAUACAAGGCCUUACUCCACUGGAUGGACGAGGAUCAGAGUCAGACAUCAGUGAAGGCAUCGGCCAGUCAUACCGCACCUCACUUUACAAAACCCACUGAAGCCUUUCACACAUCCAAACUUUGGCUUUGCAGGUGUUUGGAAAUACUGGAAAAAGAGAAACAGUAGAUAAACAAUAAAUCUGGAUAAUGGAAAAGAGCCUUAACCAGUCAAUCCUGACUUGGCAUAUUGUUACUGGUAUGUUAAAAUGUAUUUGGAGUUGUGGGUUUGACUGUGACCUUCGAUCUUUCCUCUAAUUUCUAAUACUGUGGCCUAGAAGUGGAACUACAGAAGGAGCUGGAGGCUCAGCUGUUAUAGGGCAAGAGGAGGGGUACCCAGAGGAAAGCACCCAGAGGAAACCCAUGUAGGCACAGAUUAUCUAAACCAUAUACAGGUGAUUUAAAAAAGUAUCUUAUUAAGCUGUUAGGUCACCAAUGUGUCAUAACAUUUCUGUUGCUGGGUUGAUAUGCAAAGUAGAACCGACGUAUCUGGAGUCUAAGUAUUGGCCACCGUAAAAUGUCUUUAAAACAGAGACAGUUCUCUCCUAAAUUGUGUUAAAUAAAACCAGAGACUUACAUGAAGUGCAUAACGGACAUCUCAGGUGGUAGAUCUGCUUAUCAGAAGGUCAGUGGUUCAAUCCUCAGCUCCUCCAAUCCAAAAAAUAUUGCCCCUAAUGCAGUGUAAUAGUUAGAAAGUGCUUAGUCAGAAUCCAUACAGUAAAGCCAUUUACCAUUUAAUGACAUGAUCAUAACACUUUGGGAAUCUGUGUUUCCACAGUACAUAAGUUGGGUUUACUAUGUUUUCAGAUAUAAAUUACAUUUUAUUUUAAAUAAUUUUAUGCAGUAUGUAGAUAAAUAAUAUCCUGUUAACAUUUAAUGCUUUACAGGUUUGGGUGAAUAAUUCUUGCCUUUCUGUCAAUAUUUCUGUGGAUUGUAGGAUUAUUUUGCAUAUUUUCAAAUGAAUGUUGUGUUCAGUAAAUGAACCUGUUGACAGUUUGCCUCAUGUUAAAUGUUUGUACA